AUGUCAUCGCUCUACAGUUCGGGUCGGAGCCCCGGGAGCUCGCGGCUCCAGGUCGGCGGCGGCGUAGGAGGAGUCGGAGGGGCGUCGAGGCUGAGAUCUUCGUCGAUAAAGAAGCCGCCGGAGCCGCUGCGGCGCGCGGUGGCGGAUUGUCUGGCGUCGUCGGCCGCCAGCUCGCACCAUGCCAGCACUUCCUCCAGUGUGCUGCUCUCCGAAGCUUCGAGAAUUCUCAGGGAUUAUCUGGCAUCCCCAACAACGAUGGACUUAUCUUACAGUGUGAUUUUAGAACAUACUAUUGCUGAGAGGGAGCGCAGUCCUGCAGUUGUAGCAAGGUGUGUGGCACUUUUGAAACGCUACCUUCUAAGGUACAAACCCAGCGAAGAGACAUUACUGCAGAUUGAUCGGUUUUGUGUAAAUACUAUUGCUGAAUGUGAUAUUGGUCCAAACCGGAAAUUGUCUCCAUGGUCACAGUCGGCUGCGUCAACAGCAUCUACAAAUACUCUCCCUUUGUCUGUACCUAGUUUUGCUUCUGGGACUCUUGUGAAGUCAUUGAACUAUGUGCGCUCUCUGGUGUCUCAACAUCUUCCAAGGCGAUCAUUCCACCCGGGUGCUUUUUCUGGAGCUCUGUCUGCAACAAGACAAUCCCUUCCAAGUUUGUCAUCUUUGUUGAGUAGAUCCUUCAAUGGGCAGCUAAGCCCUGCAUGCAGUGGGGAAUCUUCGGAGAAUAAAGAUGUCACAACUAUGUCUAUUUUGAACAUAUCAAAUAUUGAAAAGGUUGAUGGAAUGAAAGAUCUUGAAUACCUUGCACUGGACGUUCUCAGAUGGCGCUGGCUUGGAGAACAGCAGUCAUCAUUAUUGUUGACUGAAAGUGAUCGAGUUGCAAAUUCUCGAGAAAUGAGAACAUAUAAUCUCCUAGAAGUAGGAGCAGCAGCUCUACUUGUAGGAGAUUUGAAAGCUAAAAUGAAAGGUCAACCUUGGAAGUUUUUCGGAACAGCUGAUAUGCCUUAUCUUGAUCAACUGUUGCAACCUUCACCAGUAUCCGCAAUUACUGAUUCUUCUGCGGCACGUGCCCACCUGAGGGCAAUAACAGCAUGUAAACGCACUAAAUCCGGCCCUAGUCAAAUAUGGGAUGAGUCUCCAGCGAGCACAUUUCGUCCACGGGCUAAACCGCUAUUUCAAUAUCGUCACUACAGUGAACAACAACCCUUGGGGUUGAAUCCAGCCGAGGUUUGUGAGGUUAUUGCUGCAGUUUGCUCUGAGGCAUCUUCACCAACUGCUAAUUUGAUGACAGUAUCAUCUAGAUUAAAUAAUAAGUAUGGAAAGCCGUCGAUGGAUGCAGCAGUGAGCGUCUUAAUCAAACUUGUUAUUGACAUGUAUGUUUUGGAUUCUGGGACCGCUGCUCCUCUCGCUUUGUCUAUGCUCCAGGAAAUGCUUAGUUCUCCAACAGCAACAUGUAGAGUUCGUGCAUUUGAUUUUAUUUUGAACCUUGGAGUUCAUGCUCAUUUACUAGAGCCGGUGGUGAGCGAUGAUGCUUCUACAAUUGAAGAAGAUUAUUCUCAAGAAUCAUAUUUUGAUAGUGAAGCUAAGCUUGCAACACAAGAAAUGAGAAGAUCAGAUUCUGUUUUGACGGGCACUUCCUCAGCUAUUGACAAUUUUGAAUCAUGGAUUUUAAAUAUUUUAUAUGAGAUUUUGCUUCUUCUUGUUCAGAUAGAAGAGAAAGAAGAAUCUGUGUGGGCUUCUGCUCUCAGCUGUUUGCUUUAUUUUGUCUGUGAUAGAGGCAAAAUAUUGAGAAACAGGAUAAAUGGACUAGACAUAAGGGUUGUUAAGGCGCUGCUAGUAAUUAGCAGGAAGAAUUCAUGGGCAGAAGUAGUCCAUUGCAAGCUUAUUAGCAUGUUAGCAAACAUGUUUUAUCAACUACCUGAAGAAGCUGACGAGACUGUCUCAAGUACCCGCUUAUUUGUUGUGGAGCAAGUUGAUCUGAUUGGUGGGAUUGAGUUUAUUUUUGUUGAGUAUUCACUAGCAAAAUCAAAGGAUGAAAGACGAAAUCUGUUUUUGGUGCUUUUUGACUAUGUUUUGCAUCAAAUUAACGAAGCAAGCAUAGCUACAGGAGGCACAGAGUAUAGUGAUGAUGAGAUUCAGCCUCUUGUAGCUCUUCUCACAAUGGCGGAUGCGUCUGAAGCCAUUUAUAUCUGUAUUAAGCUUGGAUUGACAGGCAUUGGGGAGCUUAUGAAGAAUUCUAUUUCUGAUGCAGUGUCUAGAUAUCCAAACAGUGAACGGCUAAAUAUGAUGUUAGAGAGUGUAAUGGAGAAAUUUGGUGCAACCAUAAGUUCAUUUACUCAUUUGGACAUGGAGUUCUUCCAAUUGAUGGAAAUAACAAAAUCCUAUAAGUCUUUGGAUAGCAUUGAAGGUGCAGUUCUAAGAAAUGGCGUUGGCAUGAAAGCAAAGCUCUCAUGGGCCAUUUUGCAUUCGCUACUUCAUUCUGGGAAUAUUGCUUACCAUCGGAAUGCGUAUGUCUGGUUAGGCGACCUGCUUAUUGCUGAAAUUAGUGAUGAAAGGAAUUCAAGUAUAUGGUCCAAUAUUAAAAACAUGCAGCAGAAAAUUUGCCUUGCUGGUGGUCAUGAUUCUACAGUCGCUGCAGAUGUUCCUAUACCCAUUUGGCUUAUGUGUGGUCUUCUGAAGUCAAAGCACAGCAUCAUCAGAUGGGGUUUUUUGUUUGUUCUUGAAAGGCUUCUCAUGAGGUGUAAAAUUUUGUUAAAUGAAACUAAAACCCAGCCUUCACAUGACAGUGAUAUUGGGAGCGUACACACGGAUAAUCGUCUUGAGAAAGCUAAUGCAGUGAUAGACAUCAUGAGUAGUGCCUUGUCCUUGGUUGAUCAGAUAAAUGAGACAGAUCACAUGAAUAUUUUGAAGAUGUGUGACAUACUAUUCUCUCAAUUGUGCUUGAGAGUUCCUCCUACAAGUGCAACAGAGGUAGGCGAAGACGCGCAUCGUGGAAGGGUUCUUUUUCGCAUGGAUGGUAAUAAGAAGGUUGACAAUAAGGAUAAUUACCAGGAUGUGUCUACCGAAGAAACUAGUGGCAGAUCUGGCCAGGGUAACAACAAUCCUCUAGAACAUGGGACAGAAUCGAUGGCAGCACUGCUUCUUCGAGGACAAGCUAUAGUUCCCAUGCAACUGGUUACGCGUGUUCCUGCUGCUUUGUUCUGUUGGCCAUUGUUUCAACUUGCCGGUGCAGCUACGGAUAAUAUAGCAUUGGGUAUAGCGGUUGGAAGCAAGGGACGAGGGAACCUUCCCGGGGCUACGUCUGACAUACGGGCUAGCCUUCUGUUACUUCUUAUCGGUAAAUGUACUGCGGAUCCUACUGCUUUCCAGGACGUUGGAGGGGAAGAAUGUUUUAGGGGACUCUUAGAUGAUACAGACUCGAGGGUAGCAUACUACUCCUCAGCCUUUCUUUUAAAGCGAAUGAUGACAGAGAAACCUGAAAAGUACCAACACAUGCUUCAGAAUCUCGUUGUUAGAGCUCAGCAGAGCAACAAUGAAAAGCUGUUAGAAAAUCCAUACCUUCAGAUGCGUGGGAUACUUCAGCUGGCAAACGAUCUAGGAACUGGGUUGUAAUCUGGCAAUGCAGAUUUGUAAACGUUAUUCUCCUCGACCUUGUAGAAGAUGCUCCCAAGCCCAGCUUCAUGCUGCCACUGUAAUGCUGAAAUGGCAUGUUCAAAAUGCAUGAU